ACAAAUUCGUCGAAAUUACUAUUCCGUGUCUUAGCAUUAUUCAAUGCUCGAUAGCUUAAUAUUAUUGAAUUCCAUUUUCAAUCCUCCAUUCUCCUCCUUGACUUUGCCUUCCUCUGUCCCAUCCCUUCCAUUUUUCCCUUUUAGUCGUCUUUGGUUUCAACUUCUCGAGCACCAUAUCUACCCUUUUAAAAUUAAAACAAUUCUAAUUGAAUAUCCCCUCUCCAUCGUCAUAUUCCCAUUUCUCUCUUCCAAAAUUCUCUCUCUUUGACUCUUUAAUAUGAGGUGUUGACCUUCCACAGGAUUUCUGUAAGGAUUAUAUAGCGUUUUGCCCGACCCGGAAAAUGCCCAUGGACCGAACCCUACAAUCGGAGAGCAUGAGAUCGCCGACUGUACUCUCAAUCGAAUGUCUAAAAGGGAGCUCAAAAGCUGACGAAUGGACCGCAGACAUGCUCCAGACUGGCGAUAUUGUUGAAGAGAUUCGUAUUGGAUCCGGUUCAGGACUUGCCCAUAAGGCACCUUUUAAAGGCGGCAGGAGCGGAGUUCAGAGGGUUCUUCAUAGCUCCUAUAAGAACAAAGAGACCUCGAUUCUCGUCCGAGUCCGGCGAGGCAACGACGAGUUCGCUCAGCUGCAAGCCUGUAUCGUGCCGAACGAGUCUGGCGGGAAAAAGCAAUAUAUGUUGAGGUCUAUAGCGGAUCCCAAUUACGCUGUUGGAUUCUUGGAUCGCACCGAGUCCGAGUGCUUCGAGUUGCAAGCUUCAAGGAGCUCCAGGAUGGUCAGUGAACUAUCGAGGACGAGGCUUCAGGAUGGAUAUGUCUCAUAUGCAUGGGAGAGGAGGAUGCAGGAGGUGCUAGCAGUUCCCAACUCAAGCAGCUUUCUUUCUAUUCUCCUCCUUCCAAAGGCUUCAGACCGAGUGGCCUCUCGAUACAACGACUUGGAGGAUACCCUUGCUCGAGCAAAUGCUUGGCUUUCUGCAUCUCAGGCCUCUGGGGUCCCUAUUGUUUUCAUGAAUAUCCAGACUGAAUCCUUGCUCACUAAGAUCUCAGGCGAAACAGCCUCAGCUACUGUAAAUGCUGGCUCAUUAUCUGAUUUAUCCAACCUAGCCAAUGCAAGCCUAUAUGGUUUUGAGGACUACCAUGGAGUCGACAUUGGAGUUGUUCGAGCAGUUCGGCUAUGGUACUCCCCCCUUGUGGAAGAAGUUGCAAUUGAGAUCAAACUAAAAGAGGAUGACACAAAGCUCGGUUUCGCCAUUAGCCGCACAGAAGAGGGAUUCAUCUAUAUAUCAUCUGUAAUCGAUGAUGAUGAAAACGUGCCUUCGACAAGAUCAGGACUCAGCACACUCUACAAAGAAUCAGUGAGUGCAUCUAGGUUGCUGGUUGUCUCAAGAUUAUCAAAUCAGAAGGUGCUUCCAUGGAUGGUUUCUUCAACUGGAGCUAUUCGAUGCUUUGAUACUGUCUCCCUAAGUCAGAAGCUCUCACUACACCGACAUGCCAGCAUUCCGAUUCUAAUGCACGUCUUCUCUUGGGAUCAAUCGUUGGUUUCUCGAGGUUCUAGCGGUGCCAGGAAUUGGGAUCCCUCUCCAUUAGUGUUACCAUUGCCCCAGGAAGUUAGAUUAGCCCACCAACCUAAUGAUAAUCAAGUACUGCCUCUGCCACCUGGUGAACCAAAUGAAAGCAUAACCACAAGUGAGCAGCCGGACCGCCGAUUACAGCGAGAUACUGCUGGCGAGGUCUCCUUCAGAUUUCAUAACUUUUCACUUCCUAACAACUGGGUAUGAUUUUAAAUUUCCUGCUUCAGUAUGUAUAUAUCAAAAAGUUUUAAGGAGUAGAGGAUUCCAUUGAUUGAAGCUAGUUACGUACGCUUAGGCUGGAUCUAGAAAAUCCCGAAUAAACUCGUAGAUAUAGUUCGCACAUCAUAGUUAGAAACAGAUACAUGUUUUACAUGUAUAUGACGCAUUUUUAUACUGUCGGUGUGUACAUCAUACAGGAGCUUUGGGGCGUUGAAUGGCCUGUCUUUUGUA